CUCCGCGCAGAUACUCGCACAGCGGCUUUCUCCGCGGGGUCUGCAACCAGCGAGCCACAGCCCCGGCCGGGAGAUGGUGGAAGGACCCGGUUGUACGCUAAAUGGAGAGAAAAUUCGGGCGCGAGUGCGUCCGGGCCAGGCGGUGACGGACGUGCGGGGAAGCGCCCUGCAGAGCCUGGGAGGCCAGGUCUUGCCUCGCGCAGCCUCGCAGGCCGUGGUCUCUGCCCAGGCUGCUGCACUGAAUAAUAAGAAAGAUCCCAGCCAGGAUCCCAUGAGACUGUUUAAUGGAUAUGUUUACAGUGGCGUCCAGACUUUGGGGAAGGAGCUCUUUAUGUACUUUGGGCCCAAAGCUUUACGGAUUCAUUUUGGAAUGAAAGGCUCCAUCAUGAUUAAUCCACUUGAGCAUAAAAAAAAUGGAGUUUCUCCUGUUUUUGAACUACAGCUCACCAAAGAUCUGAUUUGUUUCUUUGACUCAUCAGUAGAAUUCAGAAACUCCACAGAAAGCCAACAGAGAGUACGAAUGAUGGAAGAAUUAGAUGUAUGUUCCCUAAAUUUAGUUUUCUCAAGAGCAGAAAGUGAAGUUAAGAAGCAGAAAGGACGGAUGUUGUGUGAUGUGUUAAUGGACCAGAAAGUGUUGCCUGGGGUGGGGAACAUCAUCAGAAAUGAAGCUCUCUUUGACAGUGGCCUCCACCCAGCUGUUAAAGUUUGUCAGUUGACAGAUGAACAGACCCAUUACCUUGUGAAAAUGAUACGUGACUUCAGCAUUCUCUUCUACAGGUGCCAUAAAACGGGAUCUGUUAUCUCUAAACACUAUAAGGUCUAUAAGCGUCCUCACUGUUGUCAGUGCUGUUGCAAAAUAACUGUGUGUCGCUUAGGAGAGAAUAACAGAAUGACAUAUUUCUGCCCUCGCUGUCAAAAAGAAAAUCCUCAACAUGUUGACAUUUGCAAGUUGCCCACGAGAAACAUGACAAUCAGGUGGCCGUCUAGCAGAGGGGAGCACGUGGCCCGGAAAUGGGAAGAGCAAUGGGCCUGUGUGGUCUGUACGCUAAUAAAUAGCUCGUCUUCGAAGAUCUGUGCCGCUUGCCUAACUUCAAGACCUCCAGAUUCGGUAAUCAAGAACGAAGAACAUUCUAUUGCCUUUACCGACUUAGUGAAGUAUCCUUUUAACAGCUUCGGAAAACCAAGUAAGGAAGUGAAGAUCAACAGGAAAACAGCAUUUGGAACUACAACCCUUGUCUUGGCCGAUUUCAGCAAUAAGUCCAGUGCUUUGGAAAGAAAAACGAGCCAAAACCAGACCCUAGAUGGAGAGUUUCAGAACCGUUCACCGACUCACGUUUGUUUUAAUGACCCACUGCACUGUUCCGAGGACAGAGCAAACCACAGAUCUCAACCAUCUGACAAAGCAAACGUAUCGCCUUCGCUCUGCCCUCAGUCUGAAUUAUUUAGUCCAGCAUAUAAAAAAUUGAAAGCAACCCACUCCUCAUCACCAGACCUCCGAAGUGGUAAGCCUGGAUUUCCUGCCAGUGAACUUGGAAUUAAUCUGGCAGAUGGUACUUGGGCAUUACAUGCUGAUCGUCCUCGCUGCAGUAAACACAGCCGCCGCUGCGUUCUCCGAGUCGUGCGGAAGGAUGGCGAAAACAAGGGCAGGCAGUUUUAUGCUUGUCCUCUACCUAGGGAAGCGCAGUGUGGAUUUUUCCAAUGGGCAGAUUUGUCCUUCCCAUUCUGCAACCAUGGCAAACGCUCCAUCAUGAGAACGGUGCUAAAGAUUGGACCUAAUAACGGAAAGAAUUUUUUUGUGUGUCCUCUUGGAAAGGCAAAACAGUGCAAUUUUUUCCAGUGGGCAGAAAAUGGACCAGGCAUAAAAAUUAUUCCAGGGUGCUAAUAUUUUCUCCUUCUGUAGAAUAUCUGGCAUUUAAUUUCUUCAAACCAUAUGUAACAAACCAUUUUGUAAACAAACCCUUUUGUUUAAUAGGAAGGCUGUAGAAUAUCUGUGGCUUUUUUUAUAGUUGUUGCAAUAUUUGAGAGAUGUUCAUUUUUUUUUUUUUUAAUGGGUGUCAUCUUUCCAUUCUAUGGAUGAUUCUUUUACCUGGAUGAAGACUGUGGGUGUUUCAUCAGAAGUACUAUAUAUUCUAUUUAUCAUGUAUAUGUAAUGCAAGUAAUGACAAUAAAGUGUUUUUAGUGCGC